GGCACCCCGGUGCCCAGAAGGAUUUCUGGGUGCUCAGGAGGGAGAGCUGCCAGGGGAAUGAAUGGCACAGGCAGGAGAGGGGUUGUGUUUUCUUCAUUCUUCAAAUCUGAGUUAAUGGGUGGGCUUGGCCAACCAGCCCCAGGGAACCUGCACCCUCUGGGUCUUCAGGGGUUAAAUCAACACACCACAAAUUGAGGAAGAAGAUUAGGGCAUAAGUGACCCUACUAAAUUCCUCGUGAUCCCAAGCCAUGGGAAAAUGGGGCGAGGCAGUGUGAGUCACCUUGGAGAGGAGCAGCAGAAGGGGAGACAGUCAGGAGGGUGAGACCACCGGCUGCCAAGGAACAGCACCGUGAAACCUGCCGGGAUCUGCCAAGGCAAGUGCCAGGAUGAACAGGAGAGAGAUGAAGAGGAGGGUGGGCUCAGCAGAGCGUAGUGGUAAAAUGUCUAUUCAUUCUUACCAGCCUAGAUAGUUUUUGCUGUCAUAAUUUGUUAUUGUCAUCCAAAGAGGACCCAUCACUGUGCGGGGAUCUGGGUUUCCAGAGUUUUGCUGCUGGCCCAUGCUGGAUUUGCUGCACUGUUUAUCAACAGUGCUGGAUAUCUGCACUGUUGAUAAAGGUGUUGUUCUGACACUGACACCAACAGCAAAACUGGGUUUGGUUUCUCUGGUUGAGGUGGUUUCUGUGAGGUGCAGCUGCUCAUGCUAUAGAGGACUUUAUAUUAAUUAUAAAUUCAUUUAUGUAAUCUGGCUUUUCAUACACAUUUUGUGCACAGUUGCUCACAAAUAUUUUCACCUCUCUUGAGCUGCAGAAAACAGCUCUGUUGUGAUUUCAGGUCUUGGCUUGCUAACGAUGGACAGCACUUCUUCCCCGUCACCCUUCUCUGCCAGCUGUCCCACGGAGCAGCCUGAGAACGCCACUGACCACGACUACUACUCUGGCCUCCAGAAGACCAUGCACAUCCUCUCCAUGGUGGUGUACAGCAUCUCCUGUUUGCUGGGGGUGACAGGGAAUGGCCUCGUCAUUUGGAUUGCAGGUUUCAAGAUGAAGAAGACGGUGAAUUCCGUCUGGUUCCUCAACCUGGCCAUAGCUGACUUCAUCUUCACCUUUUUCCUGCCCCUCAGUAUCGCCUACACCGCCCUGGGCUUCCACUGGCCAUUUGGGAAGCUUCUGUGCAAGCUGAACAGCACCAUCGCCUUCCUCAACAUGUUUGCCAGCGUCUUCCUCCUGACGGUCAUCAGCGUUGACCGCUGCGUUUCUGUGGCCUUUCCCGUCUGGUCUCACAACCGCAGGAGCCCGGAGCUGGCAGCCAGGAUCGCGCUGGGGACGUGGGUCCUGGCUGUCCUGCUCAGCUCCCCGUACCUCGUCUUUCGGGACACCGUGGUCAGUUCCAGGAAUGUCACCAGCUGUUACAAUAAUUUUGCGCUGUCCGAUGAUUACACGUCCGAGGCAACGCGCAGGCUGUGGAGGGUGCGGCACAAAGCGAUGAUCAUCACGCGAUUCUUGUGUGGGUUCCUCAUCCCCUUUGUGGUGAUUCUCAUCUGCUACAGCGUUGUGGCUGUCAAGCUGAAAAGAAGGCAGUUGGCCAACUCUGCAAAGCCCUACAGAAUCAUCAUUGCAGUCACAGUCUCGUUUUUCCUCUGUUAUUUCCCCUAUCAUGUUUUCUCCUUGCUGGAAAUAUCCAAAAACUCUUCCAGCCAUGAGAUGAAACUGGCCCUUUACAUAGGGAUCCCCUUGGUUUCCAGCCUUGCUUUCUUCAACAGCUGCAUCAACCCCAUCCUGUACGUCUUUGUGGGGCCAGAUUUCAAGGAGAAGUUUCGCCAGUCCAUCCUGUCAACCUUCGAAGGGGCCUUCAGCGAGGAGUCGGUCCUGGGCAGCCUGACCAGCCGGCGAAAGUCCAGGUCUGCUUCGGAAGUAGAGAUCCCGAGGGUCUGAGCAGGUGCUGGUGUGGAAGGGGCCAUUCUUUUCUCUGCAAUUUCCCUCACUUCAGAACUCAGAUCAUGGGACUGGGGACUGUGAAGGGCUGCACUUGCUAACGAAGUGUGAUUUCGUGUUUUGGAGGUAUCUCAAAUAUACUAUGAUUUAACAUGCAAUGGGAAUGGAAGAACUCUCUGGAGCUGCAGCAAGGUGGGUCAAAGUAGCAGCAUUUUACUCCUUGUGUCUUUUGACUCUUGUUUAUGGAGCCUUUAGGAAGAAAGUUAAAUGCUGUAUGUAUAGGGAAUGGAACAGUGAGUAAGAUGCUCAUCUUUUCUUUCCUCAAGCAGGACAAAUCAGUGGUCGUGCUGCUGUUACUCAGAUUUGAUUUGAUGUACAGCAUAACUAUUUCUGAGCAAUGCUUGUCUCUGUGUUUGUCAUGUUUGCAGCCCUUAAAUAGCAGAGAUCUGAUAGUUUGUGCUGUUGGUGAAUUAAUAUUAACCCCCAAUAAACUUGUGUAAAACAUACCCAGCCUGUUGUGUCACCUGUGGGAUAAAACACUUGAUCCAACCUGACUGAGCAGGUUCGUCUUUGGUAACAGAACAAGUAGAUAAAAAGAUUAAAUAUCUAGAAUUUGGAAACAAACCACUGGUAUUAGCAGCAGGUCUAUAAGUGAGGCAGACAGGACAUGACCUGGGUGUGAGGACUUGCCUGGGGCACGUGGAUCUGAUUGCCAGGCUGUGGUUAUGGUUUAUUGUUGAGUUUCAGACCUUUGGGUACAUUUGAAAACCAGAGAUUGGGAGGAGAAAGAAGAACAAGUGGCUGAGCUGAAUCUGGUCAUGCUUUAUGUUUGCAAACUGCCCAGGAUGAAGAUGGUGGGGGCUUUCUUACAGGCUUCAUAAGGAACUCUUACAUUUUUGUCAGUAGAAAAUGUUGGUCACAUAACACUGACAGCACUGAGGUGUUGUCAUUCCCAGCCCAUCCUUGGCAGCUGAGCAAGCAGUCACUGUAUCACACCUCCCUCUCCUGCCCUACCCAAUUUACCUGUAAAUUAGUCCAAUCUACCAAUUGUCCUGUCAAAAACCUGCCUUGGAGCCUCCCUGCUCUGCUGGCUGGAAAAUCCCUGACUCCCAGCCGGAAUGUAGGAAUUUACACGUAGCUCACAGCUCUGCAUGGAUGACAUUACGAGUGAGCGCUGUCAUUCCAACAUGCUGGGGAUUAAUUAUGAGCCUGCUGGGCCAUGCAGUAUUGAAUGAAGGUCGUGAUCCUAAAGGCACACAUGCACUUAACCUCACAUUCAUGCACAAACCCGCUGAGAACAGGGAAUGGAACAUGACCAUCAUCUGUCAAGCUUGAGUGAACAGAGAGAUUUUAACCUUUGCCACAAAUUGUUGCCUGUCAUGCAGAUAAAACUGCAAUGUUUGCUAUGCAGCAUGUAACUCUGGGGCUAUUUACUUGCUCCUGGAGGUAAACUACAGCAUUGAUUGCCAUGUCAAGGUUGUGCAGACCCACGUUUGCUCUUUCUGGUUUUCCUUAUCUGUUUGCAGAGUCCACGUAAUUGUGACAAGAGUCUCUGUGAGUGUUGGACCAAGGCUUCAGACUCCUGUCUUGCCUCUCUCCUCAAUCAUGGCAGCCUUGAAGGCCACGAGUUGAAGUGUUGACCCGGUUUGUGGUAGGAAAGAAAACAAUUUUCCAGGUCUUUUGGAGAUCCAAGGUGGGUACAGAUUCCCAUGGGACAACGUGAUUUAAGUGAAGCAGAGCAUCUGGAUGACCUAAGGAAUUACCCCUGGAAAAGCCAUUGGUAAUGGAGCAGGAUGAGCUUGAGACAGAGAUGGAUUUGUCAUCUUGAGUCUGAUCCCUGCCCUUUGUGCAAUGGGAAACCGUGCUGACAGCAAGACAGGCCAGGCUGCCAAGGGAUUGCUUCCAAGAUAAAUCUCCCAUUGUAUCGAGUUCCCUCAUGUUCAGACUAUCUCAUUAUCACAGGGAUAAUUGUAAGUCUCUCAUUCCCAACUAGGAGGCAGUUCAUUCUCUCUGAUAUUUCCACUUGCCAUAUGCUUAUCAAGAAAAGCUUGAAGGAAAAAAAGGGGGAAAUCCUUUCCAACAGGCAAUCGGAGGAGGCUGAACGGCUGCUUUGGCAGCUGUGCCCUGCUCUGACGCAGCUUUGCUGUCAAUGCUCUUUCAGAUGCCGUGGGAUGAGUGGAACAGCCUGAACCUCCCAGUAUUUGCAGUCAUUGAGAAAGGUGCUGAACCCGCUGCCCUGCUGGUGAGAGGCCUCAUUGGUCCUGCAGAGGGGCCGAUCCGACAGCCCCACUCCUACAAACAGCGGGCUGGGAUGGGCAGAGCCACCGGGGUGUUCAGGGUCCAGGCACUGAGGUGUGUGUGGUCCAGGCUGUGCUGAGAGAACAAGCAAGCUUUUAGCAAGCAUUUAAGUCAGAGAUCUCACCAGGAGUAGCUGUUGCUGCCUUGCUUUGGAGGAGAGACUGUUGCAGGUGACUCUAGCUGGGAGAAGCUGCAGAGAUGUCAGGGAGGAAACCAGCCAAGGAGGACGUGGCAAGCGGUAACAAAAGAGGAGAAAGCAUUUUCUCCCUGGGACCUGGAUGGCAGCAGGGAGGUAAAAACUGGGAUCAGAAUAGUUACAAGGAAAGAGGAAGGAAUGGGAGAUAAGACAGCCUUGAAAGUACCAGCAGCAGGCUAGUGAAUGCAAAUGAAUGGGAGGGACACUGCAGCAGGUGAGGAAAUCCUCAUUAAGGAGAACUUAAUGAGAGAAUAAAAGCCUCUGGGAAGCCUCACAGUCCUCACACCUCUUCUCUGGUGAGACUUCCCUGGUGAGUAAAAUUUUUAAGUAUCCUGCUCUUGAACUUGGGUAAUUGACUUGUUUGAUGAGGUCAAAGACAGUGCAGGGGUCUGAGAGCAGAGCCUCUUCCAGAGCUUGCUGAAAUCAGGCAGGAAAUAAUACAGGGAGUUAGAGGAGAGGUUCUGGUAGAAAGCUUCUCUGUGAAGGAGAUGCUGGUAAUGGUGUCAAUAAGUGGGGUAGGCUGAAGAGACCUGGGUAAGGCUCAGCCUUUUUUUGGUGUAGCAGUUGGGUGAGGGUCCCACUCCCAGCAUGGGCAUUAAUCUGCUCUUGCUGAUCCAGGGCUGCUCGUGCUUGGCACCAAACUGGGGAGGACACAGGGUACUCUUUGCUGGUUGCCUUUUGCUGCUUCCCUGCACCUCUCCCAGCUCCUGCUUAGCGUAAGGGCCGAGGCUGGUACCAAAUCUUUCUUUGCACCUUGCAGCUGUGCAGGCAAAGCACAGGAGCUGCUCUCGUACACUGAGUUCUGCUUUCAUCUGCAAAGUGUCUCUCCAGUGACCAAGACAAGCCCUUGCUGUGCUCACUGAAUGCCUGCACAGGGCAUGGUGCCUGUGUGCUCUCUGGAGAGGAGGUGCAGCUUAGUGAGGCAAAUGGCAAAUCAUGCUGAGACCCAGCCGGUAGGACAAAGAGGAACCGAGCACUAAUUAUUGUUUGUCACGGACUGUGUAGCUGUUCAAAUUCCUAAAAUGACACGAUUUCACUGUGCAGUCCAACCAAUUUUGCCUAAAGGCCAUUCAAAGGGCAAACCAGACCCGUAAACAUCAGGUGAUGGACGUGAACAGGAUGUUCCACAGACUUUGCAGGACAGAGCUGCCCACGCACAGCAAAGCAGAGGGAAUCUGUGAACCAAACAGGAGGCUCCAGUGCUGGGUUUUGUUUCAGGGCAGUGUUUGUCCAAACCCUCACCCUGAUAUCCAGCUCGAGCCACCUCUCUGUGCAGGACCUGUCACACUGCAGAAACUACUCCAAACAAACAAAAGUCAACCUGGCUGAGCAGUGAUGGAUGGAGCUCAGGAGCCAGGGUGACAGCAGCAUUUAUCUUCUCUCAGGUGAUGGAUGCAGGCUGUCCUUCAGCCCAGUGCUGGAUGAGCAGUGCCCUUCACCUUGGCUGGACUAGGUGUGGUGUGGGGGAGAUUUUUUUUUUUGCACAUUUCUGCUUGCCAGGGUCACAUCUGGAUUAAGAACAAUAAACCUCUGUGAGCCAGUGUUCACACCCAGCAAAUUUUCAGAAUUCCUUAGGUGGCUGCUAAUUGAAUCAUUGUAAACGAAAUAAAAUCCAUCUGCUCAUCUUGGAGCAACUGUUUGUUGAACUCCUAGUGUUUGGAUAGAGUAUUGUCAAAUUAACAAAUCCCUUUCCCUUGGGAGCUGAGAUUUAAACUGGUGUUCCUCUGAUCAGGAAGACAGAGGUGGGAAAGGAAUUAAUCUUUUUUCUCUAAGAAAACAAAGGCAGUAGCCUUAUAAAAAAGGGAUCGGAAGACAGGAUCAUUUAGUUCCUGGUCCUGUGGUUUGCUUAAGCAACGUCAGGAAUUUGGGGCAGCACAAAUCAAACAGUCAGCAAAUUCUGAGUGCCCUGGGGUAUUGAAAAAUGCUUCUGGGGAAGGUUGCUAAUUGCAUUAUGGGUCAGUGCUUCACCAUGUGUUGUUUCUGGUUGUUCUGUGUUAAACUGUUCUGUCACACCAGCCUGUAGCAGACUCCUGCAAGGGAGACCGAUGCUAAGAGAAAUCUCUGCUGCUCUGUGAAGAGACCAACAAAAAGUUCACCCUCCUUCCUUUUUGUCCUGAAAGCCCUGAAACAAAACUAAACAAAAAAAAACCUGCUUGGGUCAAUGAUCCUGAACCAACUGUGUGGAAGCAACCAGCCUGGAAGCAGAAAAACAUGGACUGGGGAUGGCGAGGGAUGGAACUAUUCCCUUCCACCUCAGUGUAAUUUGGAAGGGGAUGUAGGAAAGGCAGAGGAUCACUGCAGCACCUAAGAGGCUGAUGGCCUCUCUGUUCACAUAUUUCUAACAGAUGUCCUGGCUUUGUGAGCCUGCAAGUGGAAUGCUCAACAUCUGCUCCAAGGCUCCACGUUAAACUGCUUCUCCUUCCCCAGCUCUGAUUCUGCUGAAUAAAAAUAAAAAAAGGAGAUGACCAAGUCUUGGAAUGCAAGAAGCAAAUGUGGAAUCUAGGGAAAACACUGGCCUGUGAAUAUUUAAAGUAUAAAAUGCAGCUUGUAGUGGCAGAAACAUGGUUUCAAGCUAUGAAUUUGAUGUUGUGCCUUUGCAGGCAUGCUUGGUGAGCUGGUCUGUGGCUUUUCCUCUUUUACGUUAAGGCCAUCGUGGACAGAAAUAUCUGCUGGGAUGAUCAGCCUUGCUCCAGUGCACCCUUCAGUCCAGGAAUAAUCAAAUUUAAUUGCUUUGUAUGAGAAAAGCUGCAGCAAAAACUACCUGAUUUGUAUCUUUAUGCUAAAAUUCUGAUCCAUAAAAUGCUGUUCAGCUUGGGCGUACUGAGAAGUGUAAUUUAAAACAGGUUGUAGCUGUGCAGUCUGGGGAAAAAACAUGGUGUUUGGGUUUUGUAUUUAAAGGAGGGAUGUGUGUCUGUGUGGGAUGACUAUAACUUCCUCAAAGCAGUUUUGUCAUGGGUGUCUUGGGAUAAAGCUUUUUUUCCUUUUUAAACAUGGUGACUGAAAUAAGAGUCUCAUUUCAGAUGUCAAGAGAAUCUUUGUGCAGUUCAAUCAAUA